CAUUUGGGAGCACGAUGGCCAGAGGGACGGUGUGCACGUACCUCCGGGGGGUCGUCCUCCUCACCUUGUGGAGGCCGGCGCUGCAAGGAGGUGUGUUCAUACCUGCGGGUGGUGCUGGAGGAGCAGCUGGAACAGGCUUUGGUGCUGGAACUGGAUUCGGUCCAGGUGGAGCAGGAACUGGAUUUGGACCAGGUGGAGCUGGUACAGGAUUUGGACCAGGUGGAGCUGGUACAGGAUUUGCUCCCGGAGCAGGAGGGGCUGGUGCUGGACCAGGAGGCUUUGGACAAGGAGCUGCAGGAGGUGGCUUUGGUGGUCAGGGACCAGGAGGGUUCAGGCCCGGCACCUAUGGUCCAGGCAGUGGUGGAGUCGGGGGUGUACCAGGAGGUUUUGGGGCUGGUGUCAAGCCUCCUAAAACAGGUGGUGCCUACGGUGGUCAAGAAGGAGUGAGUGGAGGGUUCGGAGCAAGACAGGGAACUGUAGGUGGAGGACUGGGUCCAGGUGGAGCUGUGUCAGGUGGUCUUGGCGGCUAUGGAACUGGGCCUGGGGGAGCUACUGCUUCUGGUUUUGGUCCGGGAGGUCAAGGCACAGGUGCUGGUGCCAUACCUGGGAAGUCAGGGUACGGAGGCCUUGGGGCAGGGGGUGUGGCUGGAGCAACUGGAUCACAAGGAAUAGGGGCCGGCAGAGGUCAAGGUGCUGGAAUAGGUAUCGUACCCGGAGGUGGCUUUGGAGGGGGUUAUAGUCCAGCCGGUGGCAGUCAGUUCCCAGGAAGUGGUGGAACAGCACCCAAACCGCCAAAAACAGGUUACAGCCAGGGGGCAGGAGGAUUUGGACCUGGUGGUGCAGCAGCUGGGCCUGGUGCAACAGGAUUCGGACCUGGUGGCGCAGGAUUUGGGCCUGGGGGUGCAGGAGUAGGGCCUGGGGGCGCAGGAAUUGGACCAGGUGUAACAAGGUUUGGACCUGGUGGUGCAGCUACUGGUCCUGGUGCAACAGGAUUUGGACCUGGCGCUGCAGGAGUGGGGCCCGGGGCCACAGGGUUUGGGCCUGGAGGUGCAGGAGUUGGGCCAGGUGGCGCAGGAGUUGGUCCUGGUGGUGUAACUACAUUUCUGCCACAAGGUGGGGCUGCAGGGGUGGGACCAGGUGGGAAGAGCAGUGGCAAAACUUCAAAACAACUUCCAGGUGUCGGGGUGCCUGGACUGUAUCAAGGUGGAUUUGCACCAAGUCAAGAUUUUGGAGGACGUGGUGUUCUACCUGGAGUACCAACUGGAUCUGGACUUGGCCUUCAGGCAGGUGCCGGAGUACUCGGCCAGGGUGGUGCUGGUCAAGGAAUCAACAAUGUUCGAGGACAGCAGCUACCAGGGGUUUUUCGUGGGUACCCUCUCAUAUCACCAAAGUCAGGAGCAGGGAAAUCGAAGAGCCCAGCCAAAGCUGCAGCUAAAUAUGGUGGAGCUGGAGGCGGUGCACUUGGCCAAGGCGGCACUUUAGGAGUUGGCGCCAGUGGACUGCCUGGAGGAGGGGUGGGUCUCCCAGGCUUUGGAGGGGGAGCUGGAACAGCAGGUGGACCUGGAGCUGUUUCUGGAUUUGGAGGCGGAGCUGGAACAGCAGGUGGACCUGGAGCUGUUCCUGGAUUUGGAGGCGGAGUUGGAACAGCUGGUGGACCCGGAGCUAUCCCUGGAUUUGGAGGCGGUGCUGGAACAGCAGGUGGACCUGGAGCUGUUCCUGGAUUUGGAGGCGGAGUUGGAACAGCUGGUGGACCCGGGGCUGUUCCUGGAUAUGGAGGUGGAGCUGGAACAGGUUUUGGUCCUGGAUCAGCCAAAGCACGCAAAUAUGGUCAGCCUGGUGGUGCUGGAACUGGUGCGACUGGAGGCCUUGGAGGACUGGGAGGAAGUGCCGGUGCUGGCACAGGAGUUCCUGGAUAUGGUCAAGGUGGCGCUGUGACUGGUCCAGGUGGUGCUGGAUAUGGUCCAGGUGGUGCCGGCAGUGGUCCUGUCGGAGGUGGUUAUGGACCUGGUAGCACUGGAUUCAGACCAGGUGGAGCUGGAAUAGGAUUAGGAGGAACGGGAAUAGGAUCUGGAGGGUAUGAUGCCAAUGCCAAAGCUCGUAAAUACGGCAUGCUCAGUGGAGCACUGGGAAGUCAAGGAAUAAGUACUGGAGGACUUGGACCUGGUGGUGCUGGCACAGGGUUUAGACCAGGAGGUGGAGUUGGACCCGGUGGUGUUGGCACAGGUUAUGGACCAGGAGGAGUCAGGCCUGGUGGUGUCAGAACAGGAUUUGGACAAGGAGUUGGACAGGGUGGUGCAGGUAAAAGCUACGGACCAGGCGGAGUUGGAACUGGUGGUGUUGGUACAGGCUUUGGACAAGGAGGAGUUGGGCCUGGUGGUGCUGCUGCAGGGUUUGGACCAGGAGGAGUCAGACCUGGUGGUGCUGGCACACCUUAUGUACCAGGAGGAGCAGUUGGACCUGGUGGUGCUGGCACAAGUUAUGGACCAGGAGGAGCAGUUGGACCUGGUGGUGCUGGUGCAAGUUAUGGACCAGGGGGAGUUAGGCCUGGUGGUGUUGGUACAGGGUUUGGACCAGGAGUCGGUCCUGGUGGUGCAGGCAAAAGUUAUGGACCAGGAGCAGCAGUUGGACCUGGUGGUGGUGCUGCUGCAGGUUUUGGACCCGGUAGAGGAUUUGUGCCAGGCAGUGCAGGUACUGGCUACGGGCCAGGAGGUGGAGUUGUGCCUGGAGGUGCUGGCACUGGAUUUGGACCAGGAGGAGGAAUAGGGCCUGGAGGUGCUGGCACUGGAUUUGGACCAGGAGGAGGAAUAGGACCUGGAGGUGCUGGCACUGGAUUUGGACCAGGAGCAGGAGGUGGGCCUGGAGGUACUGGAUAUGGAACUGGAGGCUAUGCUGGUGCCAAGGCUCGCAAAUAUGGUCUUCCUGGGGGAGCCAUGGGUGCAGGAGGGGUUGGUGUUGGAACUGGACCAAGUUCUGGCAUUGGACUGGGAGGAGGGUUCCAAGGACAAGGUCCCGGACAAACAGCUGGAGGAGGAGCCAGUGCAGGACUCGGGGCAGGUGGACUGCCUGGUUCCGGUGUUGGAACUGGAGGAGGAACUGGUGGCUUUGGACAAGGCAGCACAGGCGGUUCUACUGGUGGGGCAAAGUCUCUCAAAUAUGGGCUUCCUGGUGGCAGUGGAGCUCCUGGGUCGGGUCAAGACGGAAGAUUAGGUGGCCCAGCAGGAACUGGAGGAGUACUAGGGACUGGUGGAACCGGUUAUGGACCUGGGGUUGCGCCUGGAGCAGGUUUUGGACCAGGGGGAGGCUACAGUGCAGGGGCAGGGACUGGAUAUGGACCAGGUUAUGGAGCUGGGUCAAAGGCUGCCAAAUAUGGUCAAGGUGGAGCUGGUGGUGGGGCACUUGGAGGUGGAGCAGCACAAGGUGGCUAUGGAACUGGAGGAUUUGGAACUGACACAGCAGGUGACGGUUAUGGUGCAGCUGGAUCCAAGGCUGACAAAUAUGGUCUAUUUGGUGGAGUGUCACCUGGAACAGGAACUGGUACCAGUGGUCCAAUAAACGGCACCUACGUUUUGAUGAACGGAACUAGCACCGGUGGGGGUGCUCGCACAACAACUAGACCUGGUGGACGUGAUGCUACACGAGGCACACUAGCUCCGCUACCAGAAGGUGGACGUGGUGCUGAAGUUGGAAAGGAUGGAAAAGACAUUGAUGGAGGUGAGGGUGGUCCCGGCAGUGUGAUAGAGGGGUCUGGCAUUGCUGCAGGAGAAGGAGUCACCGGGGGGGUUGGUGGACGACCAUUUGGUGCAGGAGCUGAUGGAGAUGGUCUGAGGGGAACAGGAAUUCCCAUCCUUGGAGCAAAACCAGGUCUCAGUGGGACUCCACUUCCAGGUUCCACAGGAGCUGCACCUGUUGGCAGAGGAGGUGUCCAACCCACUGGUGCAAGUGGGGUACUACCCGGUGCCAAACCUCUCAGACCACCAGGAGUCCCGAGAGGUGACACACCUGGUGAAGGAGAGGGAGAAGGAGGUCCUGUUGGAGACAGAUUUGACACAGGAGGAAGACUGACAGGGGUACAAGGUACUCCUUCGAGUGCAGGAGUAGCAGGAGGAGUUUCUGGUGGCGUAAGAGGAACUGGAAGAGGAGGUGGUCCUGCAACUGGAACUGGAGUUGGACCAGGAGGAACAGCUGCAGCAGUAGGAACAACACCAAAACCCUCUAAAGCAUACAAACCUGAUGGGACCAAAGUUGGAGCUUUACCUGGUGGAGUAGGGGGUGGCACUGGGAUAUUUGGAGGAGGUCCAGGGGGAGUUGGGACAGGACCUGGUGGAGGAGGUCCAGGAGGAGUUGGGUUCGGCCCUGGUGCAGCUGGAGGAGGUCCUGGAGGAGUUGGAACCGGACCUGGUGCAGUUGGAGGAGGCCCAGGAGGAGUAGGGUUCACUCCUGGUGCAGUUGGAGGAGGAAGAACGGGACCUGGCACAGUUGGAGCAGGUCCAGGAGGUUCAGGAGGAGUCGGGGUCGGGCCUGGUAGUAUGGUGCCUGGCGGUGUAGGAGCAGGACCCGGACCCAUAAAACCUGGAAAAAGUUAUGGUGCUGGUGGAGCUGGAGCAUUACCAGGUGGAGGUCUACGCUUUCCAACUGGAGCUGGAGUAGGACAAGGAGGAAAACCAGGCAAAACAUAUGGGACUUUUGGAGCAGGAAGCCAAGGUGGGGUUGGGCCUGGUGGCUAUGGUGGUCCUGGAGGUGUUGGUGCUGGCACUGGAGGCUUUGGCACAGGGCUAGGGGGUUAUGGACCCGGACCAGGAGGUUAUAAUACUGGACCUGGAAGCUAUGGGGCCAAAACAGGAAGCAAGGGCGUUGGUGGUGGUCCAAGUGGAGCUGGGACCCUUGGUGUUGGAACUGCUGGAGUUGGUACUGGAGGAUUAGGAGGAGGACCAAGUUAUGAUGCUGGUGGACUGGGGGGAUAUGGCGGUUCAAGAUAUGGUGCUGGAAAACCAUCAAAAAGUUAUGGACAAGGAGCUGGUGGUAACGGAAUUAGGCCAGGUGGCUAUGGAACUGGACUAGGUGGAACUGGUUCCAGUCCAGGAGGUUUUGGAGCAGGUGGCACUGGACCUGGCAGUUUUGGACCUGGCACUGCAGGAGCAGGACAAGGUCGUGUUGGAACUGGAACAGGUGGUUAUGGACUAGGUGGUGUUGCCACAAGACCUGGCCUUUAUGGGAAUGGUGGAGCAGGUCAAGGAAUGGGCAUAAGGAAGCCACUCAAAUCUGGCUAUGGCUCAUCCUCACUGGGUGGACCUGGCUAUGGCAAUGGUGGAUUUGGCCAAGGAACUGGUGGCUUUGGACCAGGUACAGCUGGUACAGGAACUAAUGGCUUUGGACCAGGCGGUGCUGGCACAGGAACAGGUGGAUUUGGACCACGUGGUGCUGGCACAGGAACAGGUGGAUUUGGACCAGGUGGUGCUGGUUUUGCACCGAGUGGUUCUGCCAAGGGAACGGGAAGCUUUGUACCUGGUAGUGCCGGUAUAGGACCUGGUGGCUAUGGACCUGGUGGUGUUGGUACAGGAACCGGUGGCCUUGCACCUGGUGGUUUCAGACCAGGUGGUGCCAGUACAGGCGGGUUCAUACCAGGUAGUACUGGCACAGGAACAGCUGGAUUCAUGCCAGGUGGUGCUACCAAAGGAACGGGAGGCUUCAUGCCAGGCGCUACUGGCAUGGCAAAUGGUGGAUUUGGACCAGGAGGUGCUGGAACAGGUGCCUUCGGACCAGGUGGUGCCCCCACAGCAACAGCUGGUUUCAGACCAGGUGGCUUUGGUCCAGGUGGUGCCGGCACAGGACCCGGUGGCUUUGGUCCAGGUGGUGCCAGUACAGGACCAGGUGGCUUUGGUCCAGGUGGUGCCCGCACAGGAACAGGUGGCUUUGGACCAGGUGGUGCCGGCAUAGGACCAGGUGGCCAACAAUUUGGAAAAAGAAAACCACUUUCACCUGGAGGUGCUGGUGCUGGUUCUGCUGGUGUUGGACUUGGUGGCUACGGCCAAGGGGGAUAUGGCCCAUCAGGAACUGGGACAGGCUCUUUUGGUUAUGGGCCUGGGGGUGCCGGACCUGGAGGCUUUGGCCCAGGAGCGGCUGGAACUGGACCAGCGGUGGGCGGGGCCACUGGAUAUGGACCCGGUGGACAAGCAUUUGGAACAGGGAAACCUGCUAAAUCAGGUUACGGCUCGUUGCUAGGAGGAGCAGGAUAUGGACCAGGCGGUGCUGUAGGGGGUCUUCCAGGUGCAGGAACUGGAGGACUGCAAGGAGGGGGCCAAGCAGGGGGGGCUCUCAAUGGCUUUGUUGGAGGAGCUGCUGGAGGCUAUCCAGAUUUUCAUUGA